AAUCACGUUAUGAACCUCUAUCCAGCCAAAGUCAAGACCAUCCGCUACCCACAUCCAUGUCAAGUGCUAAUGAUUAACCUCACUCCUUUUUGCCCUCUGAUUAGGGACCAAGUCACUAACAAGCGACUCAUGCUGCCUGUUACCACCACCGUUACCGACGUGACGGGGGAUGGCGUUGAGAAGAGCUUCACGCUUGAUCAAAACGGGUUUCAGUACCUGAAGCACGUUAGCGAGUUGGCGCAAGAGGAAUUCGCGGACGAGGAGAAGAUCCAAAGGGAGUAUUUGGCCGAGUGCGAGGGGUUCCUGAAGGAGGUCACCGGUGCAUCCCGCGUCUUCGCCUUUGACCAUCGGGUCCGCCGCGGCCCUUCCGACUGGCAUGAGAUUCCUGUGUACAACGUGCGGCACCGGGGCCCGCUGCACCGCGCACACGUGGACCAGUCAUACGCCGGAGCGGAGAUGGUAUUGCGGGAGAAGGUACCCAAUCCGGACGAAGUGGGAAGACUGAUGCAGAGAAGAUGGGGAAUUGUUAAUAUCUGGCGGCCCAUCAAGCCCAUCCACAAAGACCCUCUAGCCCUCUGCGACGCCCGCACCGUGUCCGAUGCCGACCUCGUUCCGGCAUCUAUCAUUCUCAAAAGCGGACAGCGCAGGGAGUCUUGGACGGUCAAGGCCAACCUAGAACAUCGGUGGUACUUCAAGUACCAACAACAGCCGGACGAGGUGGUGCUGAUCAAGUGCUUUGAUAGCGACAGUUCCCCAGGGAUGGCGAGGAGGGCACCGCAUUGCGCCGUUGAGGAUCCAGAUGCUAGAGAGGAGGAUUGGAGGGAGAGCGUUGAAGUUCGGUGUCUCGUUUUCUGGUGAAUUGGAAGUGCAGGUACCUUGGCAGGUACCUAGAGGUAUUUAGUAAUCUGUCCUCGAUUCCCUGAAUUAAGUCAGAUAAUCCUCGUUCCGGCAAAUAUCCUGUGGUCCUGUUUUCAUACCUAGGCUUGAUGGGACCACCACGCUCAACGUCAAAGUGUCUGAACAUUCUGAACAGAAAUUACAAGCGAUGUUUUACCCAGCAUACGUCCAAUCCACCUUCCUGAGCCAAGGAUCACCACGACAUUCAGUUACCUCCACAUUUCCUCGCGCUGCUCUUGGCUAGCGUCGAGAAACCGCUCAGGGCGAAAGAACUCGGCAUCGUCGCCGUAGAGCUCCAUCGCCAUGUUAAUGGCCGAAAUGUUGAAGUCUAUCGCCUAACCAGUAGGAGCAAAGCGGCCACAAAUGGUGUCACCUUCUGGUGGCAUGGCUUAGAAGAAGAGAGCGAUUACUGGGGGUCGCCAUACGCAGACCUUCGUGGACAACUGCCUGUAGACUGGUAGGUAUGUGGGCAUUUCUGGGGGGGUUCACAUCGUAUAAGAACCCCUAGCUGACGUACCUGCAAAUACGGAAAGGUCUUGGCCUCCUCGUAUUUGACAUACUGGACCUGAUUGGAAGCCUUGCCCUCUCGUGCGGCCCUAGGUAGACGACUUCGUGCUCGAAUUCAGCCCGUGUCAGGCCCAGCCAUUCAUGUUCCCUGUGUGAGGAAGACAGCCUUGAUUGUCGUCGGUCUGGUAACGAAAGCGGACGGUCAUAUCGAUCGUAAACCCCAUUAAUACCAAUUCGCCUCCCCAAACCCUGGAAGAAGCCAAA